AUGGCAACAUCAACCCUCGCAAUCGGCCUCGGCAUAGCAGGCGCCGCCUUCCUCGGCCGCGCCGGCGUCGUCGCCUUCCGCCGCUGGCGCAACCCGACCGCAUUCAAUGCCCUCGGCAAGGCCUUCUACAAGGGCGGUUUCGAGCAGAAGAUGACAAAAAAGGAAGCUUCCCUGAUAUUCGAGCUGCCUGAACGAAGUUUGACGAAAGAGAAAUUGCGGAAACGGCAUAGGGAGGUGAUGUUGGCGAAUCAUCCGGAUCGGGGCGGGAGUCCGUAUUUGGCGAGUAAGAUCAAUGAGGCGAAGGAGCUGUUGGAUCGAGGGGGAUGA